GGGUCUCGCGCCCUUGGCGGGCAACGUAAAGCGCGGGAGCAUUUGGGGCCGGGCAUGCCGGGAGCCCCCGGGGCAGCCGCCGCCGCCGCCGCCGCCACCGCUACCGCGUCUGUCGCCGGUGCGCGCCGCUGACGCGCGGAGAUGAAAUUCCCGGGCUCGGUGCUGGCGUCCGUGUUCCUCUUCGUGGCCGAGACGACGGCGGCGCUGUACCUGAGCAGCACCUACCGCUCGGGCGGGGACGGCAUGUGGCAGGCGCUGACGCUGCUCUUCUCACUGCUGCCCUGCGCCCUUGUGCAGCUCACGCUCCUCUUCGUGCACCGCGACUUCAGCCGCGACCGGCCGCUCGUGCUGCUGCUGCACCUGCUACAGCUCGGGCCACUCUUCAGGUGUUUUGAAGUCUUCUGCAUCUAUUGUCAGUCAAGCCACAUCGAAGAGCCUUAUGUCAGCAUCACCAAGAAGCGACAGAUGCCAAAAAAUGGCCUCUCAGAGGAAAUUGAGAAGGAAGUGGGCCAGGCAGAGGGCAAGCUAUUCACCCACCGAUCUGCGUUCAGCCGGGCAUCAGUGAUCCAGGCUUUCCUGGGCUCAGCCCCUCAGCUGACCCUGCAGCUGUAUAUAAGCGCCCUGCAGCAGAACGUCACUAUCGGAAGAUGUCUCUUCAUGGUCCUCUCCCUCUUGUCCAUCGUGUAUGGAGCCUUGCGCUGUAACAUCCUAGCCAUCAAGAUCAAAUACGAUGAAUAUGAUGUCAAAGUGAAGCCCCUGGCCUAUGUCUGUAUCUUCCUCUGGAGGAGCUUUGAGAUUGCCACUCGAGUCAUUGUCCUGGUCCUCUUUACCUCUGUCCUGAAGACCUGGGUGGUGAUAGACAUACUCAUCAACUUCCUCAGCUUCCUCUUCUACCCCUGGAUCCUCUUCUGGUGCAGUGGCUCCCCCUUCCCUGAGAACAUCGAGAAGGCCCUCAGUCGGGUGGGCACCACCAUCGUGCUGUGCUUCCUCACCUUACUCUAUGCCGGGAUCAACAUGUUCUGCUGGUCAGCGGUACAGCUGAAAAUCAACAACCCGGACCUCAUCAGCAAGUCCCAGAACUGGUACCAGCUGCUGGUGUACUACAUGUUGAGAUUCAUCGAGAACGCCUUCCUCCUCCUCAUGUGGUAUCUUUACAAGACUGACAUCUAUGUGUAUGUGUGCGCACCCCUGCUGAUCCUGCAGUUGCUCGUCGGGUACUGCACGGCCAUUCUGUUCAUGAUCGUGUUCUAUCAAUUCUUCCACCCUUGCAAAAAGCUCUUUUCCUCUAGUGUUUCUGAAAGCUUUCAGGAGUGGCUAAAGUGUGCUUGCUGUGACUGCAGGCGGCGGAAAUCCUCUGAGUCUGCAGAAAAGACAGAUUUAAGGUCACCCGCAGACAGAGAGGAAACCCCUUCUAGCAGUAAAAUAAGUUCUAUGCCCAGCCAGAUCUUGAAUGCCGAUGAGCUCUUUUCUGCUUAAUGGGACCUGAGUCUCUUGAGGCACAGAUGUAUUGUUUGCUGGGUUGAUCCCUGUUCUUCAUACAAGUGAUGGGCCCUGCACAGUUAACAGAGCAGGAAGUUCUCUCUCAACUCCUUGUGAGUCUCUCCCCUUUGGAGACCUCUUGGGCGGGCAUGUGGGAACCAUGGAGAGAAGCCAGGGAAACCCCUGAGUGUUGCAGGGGCAGCCUAAGGCACCACCAUUCACAGUUGACCAUGUUCUCCCAGGCGUUACUGGCCUUUUCAUUGACAAAGUACCCGUGAUAUCUGAGUUGGGCUGGUUAGAUCCAUCAGGUAGAAUGAGGGCAGGGGCUGGCUUGUUUUCUAGUUUUCUGGACUGCUGGUCUAGGUAGCCUAAUGUUUUAUUAUCCCUGAACGUAGUUUUCACCCAAGAGCUGUCUGAUGACCACAGAUGGUUAGGUUACUGGGGUUUUGCCAUCAGCCACAACAUUCCUGUCAGAGUUUUCAGAGAGGGCUGUUCAAGUUUGGUUUUUUUUUGUUUUUUUUUUUUUGCGGUACGCGG